CCCCGGAGUGCUAAAUUUAUCUUCAGAGGAGCUACCGCGCCCGCCGCGAAUUGGAUCUCUAUGGAGGUGGCAUAGGCGAUAUCCCUGAGCUGAGAGCAUCGCCCGGCCCCCCGAAUCCUUCUUCCCUCUGUUUUGUUUUUCAUUUCUCCCCUUCCUCCCUUCCCCCCUCUCCCCUCCAGUCCGCGACGACUGGCUCUUGACCCCGUUCAGGCCUCGGUGAAGGCUUUUGGUUACUCCCCUUCCACCCUAUCCCUUAAUUUCAUUUCUUUUGAAGCGUCUGCGUUUCAAGUUGCCAAGGUGGAGAGAGUGAUUGCAGAAGGGAGUGCUCCUCAUUUCAGCUUUUAUUUUUAUGUGAUAAUCUACCUUUAAGAAAAGGUGUGCCAUACCUGAGAGCACCAGGAAGUCGAAUGAGAGAUCACCUGAUACACGAACGUGUGAUGUUCCAUCUGCGCGUUGAUGCAUAGGCAGCACUUACAAAUUAACUGAUGUGUUGCUAUAUAUCAUCUCUUUGAUGGUUGCUCAUCUUCUGUGUAUCCUGUCUUAUAAUUUCAACACAUUUGUGAUACUCAAUGUUUAUUCUAAAUUAACCAUGUUUUGUACCACAAAUUCAUUGCCUAUGGAUCUGUUGCUGAAACAAGGAAGUCUUAAACAAGAAGUAGAAUCUUUUUGUUAUCAAAUUGUGUCUGAAUCAAAUGAUCAAAAGGUUGGAAUAUUACAGAGUGAAGAUGAGCAGUUGCAGCCUGCAGUUUCUAAAAAUUCAGAAGGUGAGCUUUCCAGGGUCAAAUUUAUGUCCAAUUCCAACAAAAUAACAACAUUUAGUAAGAAACCAAAAAGAAGAAAAUAUGAUGAAAGUUAUUUGUCUUUUGGAUUUACUUACUUUGGAAAUAGAGAUGCACCUCAUGCCCAGUGUGUAUUAUGUAAGAAAAUUUUAUCAAAUAGCUCUUUGGCCCCUAGUAAGCUUCGAAGACAUUUGGAAACUAAACAUGCUGCAUACAAAGACAAAGACAUAAGCUUUUUCAAGCAACAUCUUGAUUCACCUGAAAAUAAUAAACCCCCAGCACCUAAAAUUGUCAAUACAGAUAAUGAAAGUGCUACAGAAGCAUCAUACAAUGUAAGUUACCAUAUAGCCCUGAGUGGAGAGGCUCAUACUAUUGGAGAAUUGCUUAUCAAGCCUUGUGCAAAAGAUGUGGUGAUGCGGAUGUUUGACGAACAGUAUAGUAAAAAAAUAGAUGCAGUACAACUAUCAAACAGUACUGUUGCACGUCGAAUUAAGGAUCUAGCUGCUGACAUUGAAGAAGAGCUUGUUUGUAGACUGAAAAUUUGUGAUGGGUUUUCACUGCAACUAGAUGAAUCAGCUGAUGUUUCAGGACUUGCUGUGCUGCUUGUGUUUGUUCGUUACAGGUUUAAUAAGUCUAUUGAGGAAGACCUACUCUUAUGUGAGUCUUUGCAGAGUAAUGCCACUGGUGAAGAAAUUUUCAACUGCAUUAACAGUUUUAUGCAGAAACAUGAAAUUGAAUGGGAAAAAUGUGUUGAUGUUUGUAGUGAUGCUUCCAGGGCAAUGGACGGGAAAAUUGCUGAGGCUGUCACCUUGAUAAAAUAUGUGGCUCCCGAAAGCUCCAGUAGUCACUGCCUGUUAUAUAGACAUGCACUAGCAGUUAAAACAAUGCCUGCAUCUCUGAAAAAUGUGCUAGAUCAGGCCGUACAAAUCAUCAAUUAUAUUAAAGCUCGACCACAUCAAUCCAGACUACUAAAAAUUUUGUGUGAAGAAAUGGGUGCCCAGCACACAGCCCUUCUUCUAAAUACAGAGGUGAGGUGGCUUUCCCGAGGUAAAGUUCUUGUAAGACUUUUUGAGCUUCGUCGUGAACUAUUGGUUUUCAUGGAUUCUGCUUUUCGACUGUCUGAUUGUUUAACAAAUUCAUCUUGGCUGCUAAGACUUGCAUAUCUUGCAGAUAUUUUUACUAAAUUAAAUGAGGUUAAUCUGUCAAUGCAAGGAAAAAAUGUGACAGUGUUCACAGUAUUUGAUAAAAUGUCAUCAUUGUUAAGAAAAUUGGAAUUUUGGGCCUCAUCUGUUGAAGAAGAAAACUUUGAUUGUUUUCCUACACUCAGUGACUUUUUGACUGAAAUUAAUUCUACAGUUGAUAAAGAUAUUUGCAGUGCCAUAGUGCACCACCUAAGGGGUUUGCGCUCUACUCUGUUAAAAUAUUUUCCUGUAACAAAUGACAAUAAUGCUUGGGUUAGAAAUCCAUUUACAGUAACUGUUAAACCAGCCUCAUUAGUAGCACGGGACUACGAGAGCCUGAUUGAUUUAACAUCUGAUUCUCAAGUGAAACAAAAUUUCAGUGAACUUUCACUAAAUGAUUUUUGGAGUAGCCUAAUUCAAGAGUACCCAAGUGUUGCAAGGCGUGCAGUUCGUGUACUUCUUCCUUUUGCUACAAUGCACCUGUGUGAGACAGGAUUUUCAUAUUAUGCUGCAACAAAAACGAAAUACAGGAAAAGACUCGAUGCUGCACCUCACAUGCGGAUCCGACUUAGCAACAUUACACCUAAUAUUAAGCGGAUAUGUGACAAAAAGACACAAAAACACUGUUCUCAUUAAAAUUGGAGGGUUUUGCAUGCCUCUUGAUAACCAAAUAUAAGAUGAAAAUAAAAGAUGAUUUACUUCACUGAUGA